AUGGACGGCCCUUACAUGCAGCUGUCAGGCGGGUACGCAGCUGUGACAGGCUACAGCUACGCCGUGAAACCCUGCACUGAGGGGAGCUGUGAAAAUCAGGACCUGAAGGGUUUGGCAGCUGCUUUGGAGAAAUCGCCCAUCUCCGUGUGCGUCAACGCAGGCGUCUGGAACGAUUACACCGGUGGUGUGUUGUCGGCGGCAGCAUGUGGCCCGAUGGGCGCGGCGUAUCAGGACCACUGUGUGAUGGCCGUGGGCUUCAAUGCCACGGCGCCGAAGCCGUAUUGGAUCGUUCGCAACUCAUGGGCAUCGACAUGGGGAAUGCAGGGCUACAUCUACCUGGAGAUGGCCAAGAACACUUGCGGUGUCGCCGACGAUGCAACGAUCCCCGAGGUCAAGGUGGACCUUUCGGAGGAGGAGGCGAAGGAUGCUGCAGCCCGGCGGGCCGCCAUGUUCCGACGUGCCAGCACCGGGUCGGCCACGCCGGCCACGCCAGCGCUUGGCCUCGUUCCAUUGCUCUCUUUAAAGAUUGCUCCCGCGUUUUGCGUCGGAGGGUGGCGGCUUAGAGACAUGAAGAAGCCGCUGGCCCCUUCGCAGAUUGCCAUCAUGCGACUUCUCCGGCACGAGAACAUGGUCAGGUGCUAUGACGUGUUCAUCGAGGCCCAGUAUGUGAACGUGGUCGUCGACAUGUUCCCCGGAGGCGACCUGGUCGACGGACUCAACACCCACAGACGGGCCUUCGGGCGAGUGCCGAAUGCGCAGCUCGCACGUCUUGCGAAGCAGAUGAUGUCGGCGGUCGCUCAUGUGCACGGCCUGUCAAUCAUACAUCGGGACGUCAAGGGCGAAAAUUUCCUUUCCGAUCGUCCGGACAUUGGUGAUCCCGAUGUCAAGGUUGCGCUUUCCGACUUUGGCACUGCGCUGAGGAUUGAGAAAGGUGAGGUGGUCUACAGCCGUGUGGGCACUCCGGCCUUCUGGGCUCCCGAGAUCUACGCCGGCGGGUAUAGCUUGGCCGUGGAUGUGUGGGCCGUAGGUGUGACGACGUUUAUUCUUCUGACUGGCGCCCUCCCCUACGAGGGCGAGGCUGCCAUUUGCGCUCGUUCAGGGCCAAAGGGCACAACGGACCUUGCCAUGCCCUACUACCUCUCGGAGAGUGGAGCGGAUUUCCUUCGACAGACAAUGAAGAAGGAGGCCUCGGAGCGGCCGCCAGCGAGAGAGGUGGCGCGACAUGCGUGGCUGACAACGAAGCAGCCGAAGGAUGCGCCGUUGGUCGAAGACGUUCAUCCUCCGCAAGAAGAGGUCCAGAUAGCAUCGCGCUUCUCCCUCUUGAGCUGCAUCUUCUCCGUUAUAGGAGGCCUUGCCGUGUAUGGCUGCAGCGCUCUGGGCCACUGUAUAGGCGUCGAGUCUGCGCGCGACCAGAGCAAGGAGGAGGGUGCCCGCUGGCCCAGCAAGACCAGCAAGGCCAGCACCGCCGGCACCGGCGACUACCUCAUGGAAGUUCCAGACAAGGACAUCCUCGAGAAGCAAGCUACGGAUCUGACAAAGCAGAUAUCCGUGAACCUCACCAUGCACCAGGUCUCUCUGUCGUCGAUAAAGCAGUAG